GGCCUCAGAAUCGGGGAGGUUUCAGGCGGGUUGGGACUGCAAAGGCCUGGGCUGAGCUUUAUCCCGAAGCGUGGGAGUUGGAGGGGAAAGCCUCGGCCCCGGACCGGCGCAGGCCGCUCUCUCACGCUCCUUCCUGCCUCUGUGCCUGCUGCCAUGUGGGCCGCCCCGAGAUUAGCUUUGCGGCGGUGCGCCCGCGCCGCUGCCCCCGCGCCGCGCGCCUAUCAUGGGGACUCCGUGGCGACGCUGGGCACCCAACCGGACUCGACCUCUGCCAUCUACCAGGAAAACUACGAGCAGAUGAAAGCACUAGUAAAUCAGCUCCAUGAACGAGCACAGAACAUCAGACUGGGAGGUGGUGAGAAAGCCCGAGCACGUCACAUAUCAAGAGGAAAACUGUUACCAAGAGAAAGAGUUGACAAUCUUAUAGACCCAGGGUCUCCAUUCCUGGAAUUAUCCCAGUUUGCCGGUUACCAGUUGUAUGGUGAUGAGGAGGUCCCCGCCGGUGGCAUUAUUACAGGCAUUGGGAGAGUGUCAGGAGUAGAAUGCAUUAUUGUUGCCAAUGAUGCCACUGUCAAAGGAGGUACCUACUACCCGGUGACUGUGAAGAAACACUUACGGGCACAAGAAAUUGCGAUGCAAAACAGGCUCCCCUGCAUUUACUUGGUUGAUUCGGGAGGAGCAAACUUACCUCGACAAGCAGAAGUAUUUCCAGAUCGAGAUCACUUUGGCCGCAUAUUCUAUAAUCAGGCAGUUAUGUCUUCUAAAAGUAUUAUACAGAUAGCAGUGGUCAUGGGCUCCUGUACAGCAGGAGGAGCUUACGUGCCUGCGAUGGCUGAUGAAAACAUCAUCGUACGCAAGCAGGGUACCAUUUUCUUGGGAGGACCUCCCUUGGUUAAAGCAGCCACUGGAGAAGAGGUGUCAGCUGAGGAUCUCGGAGGUGCUGAUCUUCACUGCAGAAAGUCUGGAGUAAGUGACUACUACGCUUUGGAUGAUAACCAUGCCCUUCACUUAGCUAGGAAGAUUGUAAGGAAUCUAAAUUAUCAGAAGAAAAUGGAUGUUACCAUUGAACCUUCUGAAGAUCCUUUAUUUCCUGCUGAUGAAUUGUAUGGAAUAGUUGGUGCCAACCUUAAGAGGAACUUUGAUGUCCGAGAGGUCAUUGCUAGAAUCGUGGAUGGAAGCAGAUUCAAUGAAUUUAAAGCCUUAUAUGGAGACACAUUAGUUACAGGAUUUGCUAGAAUAUUUGGAUACCCAGUAGGUAUCGUUGGAAACAAUGGAGUUCUCUUUUCUGAAUCUGCAAAAAAGGGAGCUCAUUUUAUCCAGUUAUGCUGCCAAAGGAAUAUCCCUCUGCUGUUUCUUCAAAACAUUACUGGAUUUAUGGUUGGUAGAGAGUACGAAGCUGAAGGAAUUGCCAAGGAUGGCGCCAAGAUGGUGACUGCCGUAGCCUGUGCCAAUGUGCCAAAGAUAACUGUCAUUAUCGGGGGCUCUUACGGGGCUGGAAACUAUGGGAUGUGUGGCAGAGCAUUUAGCCCAAGAUUUCUCUACCUGUGGCCAAAUGCUCGCAUCUCAGUGAUGGGAGGAGAGCAGGCAGCUAAUGUGCUAGCGACAGUAGCAAAGGACCAAAGAGCACGGGAAGGGAAACAGUUCUCCAGUGCUGAUGAAGCAACUUUGAAAGAGCCCAUCAUUAAGAGGUUUGAAGAGGAAGGAAACCCUUACUAUUCCAGUGCAAGGCUGUGGGAUGACGGGAUUAUCGAUCCAGUGGACACCAGGCUGGUCCUGGGUCUCAGUCUUAGUGCAGCCCUCAACGCACCCAUCCAGAAGACUAACUUCGGUAUCUUGAGGAUGUAAUUGGAAUAUAAAGCAUCUUCCGUUGGACAUGUACCAAAAAUUAAUAAAUUAGUAGCCUUAAAAUUUUAGACUUUUUCAAUAUGUGGCUAUUACAGUAAAAUGGUUUUCUUAACACAGUGCAUUAUACUUUUCUACCUUUAAAAAAAGAAUCAGUGAAGAUAUUUAUUUGAUGCAGCUCAAUUCCUUGUAAAUUCUCUUAGAGAAAUUUUUCUAUGGCUCAGCUUUACCGCCCUGAAAAGGAAGAGAAUAACUUAGGGUUAUCCUUUCUAAGCCAUAAGUACUAUGAAAAGUUCUGUAAUCUGUAAAUUCCAGGUAUUGUUGAGAUUUUUAACAUAAAGUUGUAUUUCC